AUGUUCCUGUUAAUCGACUAUUAUGCCUCUGCUGCUGAAGAUCUUCAUACCAAAGCUGGACUUUAUUCUUAUGAAGAUUCUUGCGAAAAGAAGAUUUUAGGAAUUACUGUUGAGACAGCUUUGGAACGAGAAUCGUAUUUGUCCAAGCCUCCUUUCGACGUAGUCAAAGCACACCAUUAUAUUUCCGACAUGCGUAAAGAUGGCUUGAUGGCCACAUAUGGAAUCAUCAAGAAGGGCGAUGAGAUUCUUCAGGUAGUUAAUUCAAGAGUAAAAAAGCUUUUACAAAAUACUUUAGGUAACGAAAUUGCAGUGAUAAUAUUUAUGAUCUUAUGA